UCUAAGUAUGUUUUCCAUAACUUCAGGUAACCUUCAUCUGUUUUGUCUUGGAUAGAGGACAUCAGUCAGCCAUCUACAAUCUAGAGGACAUCAGUCAGCCAUCUACAAUCUAGAGGACAUCAGCCAGCCAUCUACAAUCUAGAGGACAUCAGCCAGCCAUCUACAAUCUAGAGGACAUCAGCCAGCCAUCUACAAUCUAGAGGACAUCAGCCAGCCAUCCACAAUCUACAGGACAAUAACCAGCCAUCCACAAUCUCUCUGUGUGUAGCUAUGAGGGGAAUUGUCCUUCUCUUUCUGCUGUCUCUCUGGCCUGGAGGAAAGGUGGAUGCUAUCAAUCAACAGAUCUUGGCUAAUGUGGUACAAGAGAUGAGAAGGUUUGGCCUGGAGAACCGCCAGUAUGCCAUGGCUGUCUUACUCACCCAACAGCAGUGCACCCAAAAUGGAGCAAACUUUGAUGUAGGCGUGCAACCUCAGGUUGUCCAGCAGAGACUACAGGAUUAUAGUGUCUACAUAGGAGACCGGCUCAUCGCAGCCAUACCUGACACCUACCACGCUGAGUACCUUCUCUUGGGGCAUGAUAGAACCAACCCCAGCAAAAUGCAGACUCUGUUAACAGCAGCAACGCCUAAUGACUGCAUCGUCUUCUUCUCCAACUACUCUCCCUGCCUGGAGAGAUGCAACGUCCCUAAUGGAGCAACCAGCAUUCUGCCCUUCAUGACCGUCUUCAACGGCAGGAACGCCAACCAGAUGGCCUUUGUCUUCUCCUCGGUUUGGGACCCCACAAAGCACCAUACUGGAGUGACCAAACCGACUAAGCAGCAGGUGUUUGUGUCCUUCCAGAGAAUAGAAAGAUCCCUCCCUUUAUAUCGUUGUGUCAGAUUCAACGAUCAAAACGCAUGUUACCGUUGUGUCACUGCCAACACAAAUCUUGAGACCAAUGACUGUCUGUAUGGGUACUAAUAGUGUACACUGUCUGUAUGGGUACUACUAGUGGACACUGUCUGUAUGGGUACUAAUAGUGUCCACUGUCUGUAUGGGUACUAAUAGUGGACACUGUCUGUAUGGGUACUAAUAGUGUACACUGUCUGUAUGGAUACUACUAGUGGACACUGUCUGUAUGGAUACUAAUAGUGUACACUGUCUCAAUGGUGGAAAUAUAGAAAUGUAUAUUUUCUUUCUUUCCCUCUGUCCAUCCCCCUCUCUCUGUCCAUCCCCCUCUCUGUCCAUCUCUCUCUCUCUCUGUCCAUCUCUCUGUCUGUAUGGGUACUAAUAGUGGACACUGUCUGUAUGGAUACUAAUAGUGGACACUGUCUGUAUGGAUACUAAUAGUGGACACUGUCUGUAUGGGUACUAAUAGUGGACACUGUCUGUAUGGAUACUAAUAGUGUACACUGUCUGUAUGGAUACUAAUAGUGGACACUGUCUGUAUGGAUACUAAUAGUGGACACUGUCUGUAAGGGUACUACUAGUGUACACUGUCUGUAUGGGUACUACUACCCCCUCUCUCUGUCCAUCUCUCUCUCUCUCUGUCCAUCUCUCUCUCUGUCCAUCUCUCUCUCUCUGUCCAUCUCUCUCUCUGUCCAUCCCCCUCUCUCUGUCCAUCCCCCUCUCUCUGUCCAUCUCUCUCUCUCUGUCCAUCCCCCUCUCUCUGUCCAUCUCUCUCUCUGUCCAUCUCUCUCUCUGUCCAUCUCUCUCUCUCUACACAGUUCAUUAAAGUUCACCAUAGCAGCAACA